CUAUUAUCUAUGCAUCUUUUUGUAAAAUUUACAAAGAGAAAGCAGCUGACAUCAUGGAAGGAAAGAAUCAAACAGCUCCAUCUGAAUUCAUCAUCUUGGGGUUCUCCAACCUGAAUGAACUGCAAUUUUUACUCUUCACCAUUUUCUUUCUGACUUACAUAUGCACUUUAGGAGGGAAUAUUUUUAUCAUCUUGGUGACCAUGGCUGAUUCCCACCUACAUACACCCAUGUAUUAUUUCCUAGGAAACCUCGCCUUUAUUGACAUCUGCUACACCACUACUAACGUCCCCCAGAUGAUGGUGCACCUUUUGUCAGAGAAGAAAACCAUUUCCUAUGGAGGCUGUGUGGUCCAACUCUUUGCAUUCAUUUUCUUUGUAGGCUCAGAAUGUCUACUCCUGGCAGCAAUGGCAUAUGACCGAUACAUUGCUAUCUGCAAACCUUUAAGGUAUUCAUUUAUCAUGAACAAGGCCCUGUGCAGCUGGUUAGCAGCCUCGUGCUGGACAGGUGGGUUUCUCAACUCAGUGGUGCACACAGUUCUGACCUUCCACCUGCCCUUCUGUGGUAACAAUCGGAUCAAUUAUUUCUUCUGUGACAUACCCCCUUUGCUGAUCUUGUCUUGUGGGGAUACUUCCAUCAAUGAACUGGCUUUGUUGUCCAUUGGGAUCUUCAUAGGUUGGACUCCUUUCCUGUGCAUCAUCCUUUCCUACCUUUACAUUAUCUCAACCAUCCUGAGGAUCCGCUCCUCUGAGGGGAGGCACAAAGCAUUUUCCACCUGUGCCUCCCACCUGCUUAUUGUUCUUCUCUAUUACGGCAGUGCCAUCUUCACAUAUGUGCGGCCCAUCUCAUCUUAUUCACUAGAGAAAGACAGAUUGAUCUCAGUGCUGUAUAGUGUCGUCACCCCCAUGCUGAAUCCUGUAAUUUAUACACUGAGAAAUAAGGACAUCAAAGAGGCUGUGAAGACCAUAGGAAGAAAAUGGCAGCCACCAGUUUUCUCCUCUGAUAUGUAACCUCUCUUACCUGUAGUCAAUAGUCUUACAUUAGAAAGUUAACUUUUAUACCACUCAGCUGUUGCUAGUCAUGUUUCACUUGAAACCUGAUUGCGAUAUUUGGACACAGAUUGCAAGAGUUGGCACACUCAACCCUAAGUGUACAUAUCUGAGCUUUUGUUAGUCUCUUAAGUAGUUACUUCUUUUAGUUUUAUCCUUUUUAUUCGUCUUUUCCAUUUUGGAAUCUUCAUCAAAAGAUGAUUCCCCUCUUAUGCCAUAUUUACUGGGCAGAUUUUAUGGUUUACUACUUACCACAAAUGACUGUCCUCCAAGCCAAGUAACUGCCAUCUUUUGACAUUCAACUGCAAUUCCUUACAAAAGAUCAUACCAUCUGAGAUUGUUUACUGUUCAUACCCUCUUAUGGAGGGUUGAGAAGUUACAACAUCCUAACUGAGUUUCCAGGUGCUCCCUACCACCUGUUGUAUGGACUCAGGGAGGGGCUAGAGUAUAUAGGCCAGGGGAGGAGUCUCCAUCUAUGGGGCUCUGGAGGAGUCCUAAUCCCCACUUGGUAAUGCUUUUCAGAUGCAGCCUAUUGGAGGAGGAGCAUCCACACUCUUGUAAGUUACCUUUCACCUAUGCUCUGUA